CACCGGCUGCGGCUGUGUGUUCACGACCGGAUAAGGGGUCGCACCUACACGCCGACGCUGCUAUCCCCAUAUUUUAUUCUUUUCGACAUUUUCAGAGAAUAUAAUCGGAGGAAACAGAAUGGAAUAUCAAUCCCUAUCACACGCCCUAAAUCCUCUUCCUCCCGCCUCCCGCCCAACGUACUCCCAGCCCGUCCAGCUCCAGCCCAGCGUCGAGCAUGCCGCCACCCACGAUCCGCCCCCCGACGCCAGUGCGCAUCGCGAAGAGGAAGAAGAGGAGGAGGAAGAAGUAGAAGGAACCGUAUCUGCUCCCACAGGGCCAGAAAAACAUUCCCCAGGUAAUCAGGCGCAGGCAGCCUCCGUAUCCCCUCGACGCAAACCCGGAAGACCAAAGGGAUCGAAAAAUAAGAAGCCGCGAUUUGACGUGACCGCAGGAUCGACGCAAAAACAGCAGUUCUCCUCGACCCCCGUCUAUGCAUAUCCCCAGCAGUCGCAGGCUCAGCAACAACCGCAACCGCCGCCGCAGCAACAGGCGCCAGUACCUCAACCCAGCGCUGUUCCGGCUCAGCAACAAUCCACCAGUCAAUCAGCCUCUUCUUAUCCCGCACCGGAUCCGAACAAUCAGGCAUUAUAUGACUUUCAAUGGCGGGUUCUCUCUCUCUGCUCAGAGUUCUACAACGCUGCAGAUGAGCUUAUCAGAAAUGCUCCCCAACAUAUUUUGCACCAGUGCUUUAGCCUGCCUGGAAAUCAGGUAGAUCCGAUAACACUUCUUCACGAAGCGAGGAAAGCUUGCGAUCAACUGAUGGCUAAUCCAGCUGCAGUCGUUCUCAAAGUUCCGCCCCAACCUGCUACCGUUCAAUACGCUUCCCCCGCACCUCCUGCUAAAUCCGCUUCGCCUCCGGCCGGGCAGGUGAUAACGAACCCGGGCUCUUUCGUCAUGUCCCUGAGUGGUUCGCCCUCGCAAAAUACGCAGCAAGGAACAACAUACUCUCCAGCUGCUACCUUCACUCAAACCCAACCUCGUUAUCCUACCACUCCUUAUUAUGCCUAUUCGACACAGCCGUCGUCAGGCUCACAUCCAUACAUGGCGCAGCAGCAAGUAAUGAAGCCCGUAAACCUUUCCACUCCUUCCGCUGCAGGUAAUCAAGGAGCAUGGAGCGAUGAAGAGACCGAAAAACUCAAGCAACUUGCUGAAGAGAGCAAGACCACGGGUACAGGUACAGAGAAUGGCGAAAUUGACUGGGACUGGGUUUGCAAUAACUGGGGCGCAGGACGUACUCGUCAUCAGAUACUCAUCAAAGCAACAAAUUUGAAUCUAAAAGAAAGCUCCUCACGCGCAACGAAAAGACGACGCGAUCCGGAUCCCUCUCAUGGCACUAUAGACGGGCCAAGCAACGUAAACCAUUCUCCCAGUAUGAACGGCCACGCGAACUCUUCCGUCUCGAAUACCUCAGCCCAGGCAGUACUAAAUGCCGUCGCAGCUGCAGCAUCAGCAGGUGCAUCUCCUGUCUCUAUAGAGCGGCCCGCUUCGACCUCGACUUCGGUCUCUCCUGUGACUGUUCAUCCACAGCAACAGCCGCCGCCGCCACCUCCUGCUCCACCUGGUGGCGGAAAUCUUAUGCACUGGCCCAUACAACAUGUGGCAACGAAUGCACCAUCACCAGUGCUUUCUUCAGGGUCUUUAGGGUCUCGAUCCGUUUACUACAAUCGCGACAGGAAUGGAUCCAAGGCGUAAAUGCCUCGAUCUCACUCCUUCUUGCUGUCGUCUUCAUCGCUGUCCUGUCAAUGUCUUCCGGACUUUCUUAACUUUCUCUAGCCUCUUUAAUCUCUGCGCAGAAUGAUUUUCUUCUGUGUACAUCUUGCUAGCUUUUCAUUUUCUUUAUCAAAUUAUUCUUUCUUUUCCCUCUCUUCGUUUCAGACUGCUGUGUACGUCAAUACGCUCACCUUACACUUGCUUCGGGCCCUCAUUGAAAUCGCGUAGUUUCUUAUUCCUUCUUUCCCGGGUCUGCAGAGCUGCUAAUCUUCGCUUUCAUUUGUCUCGUUUUUCUUUUAGCUUUUUUCUACAAGCGCUGCCUCGCUCCUCCGUUAACCUAUCUAUCCUGUUCCACUUCGACCUGAAUGCUUUGUUUUCCGACGGGCUCCC